CACUAUAAGUUAACAGUGGACGUUAAAACCAAUAACAGUUAACCACAGACAAGCGUUGGUAGUGGUUGUUCAAGCUGUUGACCAAAAACAACAGCAACAGGAAAAUUUAAAAAAAAAAAACGUUAUUUUAAAAACUAAGUGGAAAUAAAGUUUCUCUUUACCCUCCACCAUGAAGCAACUACUCACCUACUUGGUCCUGCUAGUCUUGGGCUUAAGCUGGUUUUCCUGCUGCUGCGAUGCCGCCAUCAUCGACAACAGCUAUAGAUAUUAUCGUCUACCCACCUCCAUACAGCCGGAUCGUUAUAAAUUGAAAGUUAUCACGCACUUGGAUAAUCCUGCUAAUCUAACCUUCGAUGGUCAGGUUUCCAUACGUUUCAAGGUGCUACAGGACACCACCAAUAUUACGUUGCACUCUCAGAAUUUAACUGUGGAUGAGUCGCGUAUAAAAUUGAAGAGUUACGAUGAUGAUCAGAAAAUGGAUUGCUUAUUGACGGUAACUCAGGUGCCGGAACAGGAUUAUUUCAUUAUACAACUGUGCCAGACCUUGCGUAAGGGCCAAACGUAUAAAUUGAAAUUGUAUUUUACUGGUGUGUUGAAUGAGAAAUUGCAUGGUUAUUAUCGUAGUUCGUAUGUGGUUAAGGAGACCAAUGAGACUAGAUGGCUUUCGGUUACUCAAUUUGAGCCGGCACAUGCUCGUGCCGCUUUCCCUUGUUUAGAUGAACCCGCAUACAAGGCCAAGUUUGUAAUAUGGAUGGGUCAUCAUAAAUCCUUGACGGCCUUAAGUAAUAUGCCUUUGGAAAAGCAGGCACCUUUAACUGGUCUCAACGAUUUUGUCUGGAGUAUCUUUGAAGAAUCUGUACCCAUGUCCACAUAUCUGGUAGCCUAUACUGUCAACGAUUUUGCCUACAAACAGUCCGAACCAAAUGCGGAAUCAAAUAAUAAUAUUAUGUUCCGAACAUGGGCUAGACCUGAAGCCAUCGAUCAGUGCAACUAUGCCAGUGAAGUUGGACCGAAAGUUUUGAAAUACUACGAAGAUAUAUUCGGUAUACCAUUCCCGCUCAAGAAGGUAGAUGAAAUUGCCAUACCCGAUUUUAGUGCAGGCGCUAUGGAAAAUUGGGGUUUGGUUACAUACCGUGAGACUGCUCUGCUCUUUGCUCCCAACGUGUCUUCCAACUCCAAUAAACUGCGUAUUGCUCAGGUGAUAGCACAUGAAUUGGCCCAUCAAUGGUUUGGUAAUUUGGUAACCAUGAAAUGGUGGUCCGAUUUGUGGUUGAAUGAAGGUUUUGCCACUUAUGUGGCCAGUUUGGGGGUGCAGCAUUUAAGCCCCGAAUGGCAGUCCUACAAUGAGGAAUCGUUGGAGAAUACUUUGGCUAUAUUCCGCAGAGAUGCUCAAUUAUCCAGUCAUCCCAUAUCGCAACCCAUAUUAAACACCAGUCAAAUAGGUGAAAGAUUUGAUUCGAUUUCCUAUAAAAAGGGUUCGGCUGUUUUGAGAAUGUUGCAUUCCAUAUUGGAAAAGGAUGCUUUCUUCGAGGGUGUCAGCGAUUAUCUCAAGAAACACAAAUACGCUAAUGCCGAACAAGAUGAUUUGUGGGCGGCCUUUACCGAAAAAGCUCAUCGUUACAAUCGUAUACAUCAAGAGUACGAUAUGAAGACCAUAAUGGAUUCCUGGACUUUACAAACCGGCUAUCCUUUGGUUAAAGUAACACGUGAUUAUGAAACUGGCUCGAUAGAAAUUACUCAGCAUAGAUUUUUGGAGAACAAAACCCUAACCGAACAGCAAACUGAUAAGGAGCAAUGCUGGUGGGUGCCUCUAAGUUAUACCACGGGAUCUAAGAUAAACUUUGAAACUACCACGCCACAAAAUUGGUUGGAAUGUGAUGAAGCGGGCAAAAGUAAAAAUUUAAGACUAAACAAUUUGGCCAAAAAGAAUGAAUGGGUACUGUUCAACAUCCAGUUGUCGGGUGUUUAUCGUGUGAUGUACGAUAUCGAGAAUUGGAGUUUGUUAAACGCGACUCUGAAUAGUAAAGAUUUCAGUGGUAUUCAUGUUAUGAAUCGUGCUCAACUGAUUGAUGAUGUUAUCUGGUUGGCCUGGAGUGGUUAUCAUGAUUAUGAUAUUACCUUUGAUGUUUUGGAAUAUUUGAUACAAGAGCGUGAAUACUUGCCCUGGAGAGCAGCCUUGGAUGGCCUUAGCAGUGUGAAUAGAUUGUUGAAACCAUUCGAAUCCAAUUAUGAAAUGUUUAAGCGUUACAUGCGUUAUAUUAUUAAGCCCACUUACAACUAUUUGGGCGGUGUUAAUAAUACUAAAUUUGAGGAUUCCAGCGCAUUUACCAAAGUCUUGCACAAGUCUCUAAUUGCCGGCUGGGCGUGUCGUUUGGAAAUGGAGGAUUGUGUACAAAACUCCAUUAAAUACUUUAAACAAUGGAAAUCUUCCCGUAAUCCAAAUACCGAAAAUAGUAUACCCGUAGAUCUUAGACCUACUGUUUAUUGUACAGCCAUACGUCAUGGCGAUCAGGAUGAUUGGCAAUUCUUGUGGCAGCGGUAUAAGGAAUCAAAUGUGGCUACGGAAAAACGUACCAUUAUCUUCUCCUUGGCCUGUUCUCGCAAUCAAAAAACUUUAGAAAACUAUGUGGACAUGACUUAUGACAAGUCUGGCCAUAUACGCAAACAGGAUGCUACUUAUGCCUUCAGUUCCAUAGCACGUAACGAAGUUGGUUUCCCCAUAGCCAAGCAAUAUUUUAUGGAAAAUAUUGAUAAACUCAAUGAUUAUUAUGGUCAAUAUUCCAACGAUUUGGGUCAUUUGCUAUCACCCUUGGCUAGCCAAAUCAUUAACUCCGAAGAUCUCAACAAACUUUCCUCUCUCAUUGAAACGAAAAAGGAAUUCUUCAAAAAGUCCGAAAAGAGCGUCCAGAGCGCCUUUGAAACUAUCAAUUUCAAUCUACAAUGGAUUGAUCACAAUGUACGCGAUACCAAAUCUCGUCUACAAUCGCGUCUUACUUUUAUGGAUUUCAUCAAACCCGAAGAGGCUUAAAGGAGUAAAUUGUAUGUGUGAUGUUGCUUAGAGAUAUGGUGAUUUCCAUGUUCCAUGUUUAGAAUUUUAUUAGUUUAUUAAUAAAAAAUAAAAAUACAUUGUAGGAUUUAAAUAUUAACAACAUCAGCCCAGUAAUUAUAAAUACUAAUUCUAAGAAUUACUUAAACAUAUAUUUUUUUAUGAUUUUAUUGCGAAUAUUUUUUGUAUGAUCAGCCCAUAUUUAGAAGUGAUGUAUUUUUGUCAUUAUUUUUAUUUUUUAUUUUGAAAAUAUAUUUGUUUUAACAAUAAAUGUAUAUUUAUAUGUACUAUGUAUAAGUUUUAUUAAAGAAAAGAAA